ACUCAGCCACAGCGAGGUGUACCCGGGGCUCCUCCCCUCUCAGAUUACCUUACCUGCAGAGCGGCCUAUCACUGACCCGCUCCCGCUUUGCCCCCUCAGCGACUGUCUCUGAGGGCCGGCGACAGACGCCUGCGCUCCGCUGUCGGUAGGGCAGCUGCGUAGUUUCCAGUUUUGGACACCGACGGCGGAAGGCUACGCGCAUAUCGAUACAUUUCUGGGGGAUCGACCGCAGGCGGUGACGGCAGGCUGAUGCUUCAGGUGCUGUCUCGCCCACGUUUGUCUCCUUGAGUAUCCCGCCCGGAAAACACCACUGUGGAUGCCUUAAAUAAUGAGUGUCCUGGGACCUCUGUCGCGGCAAGCCAAUGGAGUGGCCAGAUCGGACAGCAAGAUCAGCGCCAAGGCCCUUUACGAACAGAGGAAGAAAUACUCCAACUCCAAUUAUAUCAUGCAUGAGACGUCGCAGUAUCAUGUUGAGCAUCUCUCCACGUUCAUGAUGGACAAGACGGAGUCCAUUAACACAGUGGAUGAUGCCGUCAAGAAACUGGUCCUCCUGGAUUCAAAGGACAAAAUAUGGACGCAGGAGAUGCUCCUCCAGGUCACCGACAAGGCGGUCAGGCUGCUGGACUGUGACACACAGGAGGAGUUGGAGAACUUUCCUCUCUCCACCAUCCACAUGUGUCAGACAGUGCUGAAUCAGACACGCUACCUCUCGGUGCUGCUGCUCGUGUGUCAGGACAAGGAGCAGCACAAACCUGACAUCCACUUCUUCCACUGCGACGAGGUGGAGGCUGAGAUGGUUCAUGCAGAUAUAGACAGUGCCAUUGGAGACAACAAGCAUGGAAAGAAAAUGAGGCUUCAGACUCUGAAGGUGAACCAGGAGAAAAUGAAGCGUCACAGAGAAACCAUCCUCCCCCAUUCAGCCCCCAAGGGCCCCUCACCUGCUCCAAAGGGAAGAGUGGCUGCCACAAACACACAGGAUGUAGAUAGACGAGCCGUGGGACAAAAUGACACAGAGUCGCACAAAAAGCUGGCCCAGCGCAUUGAGAAGGAUGUGCAAAUCCUCAACUCUGCCCUGGAUGACAUAGAAAUCUUUGUGGCGCGGCUGCAAAAGGCAGCAGAGGCCUUUUCCCAGCUCAACCAGCGCAACAAGAGUAAGAAGAAUAAGAAGAAAGGACCAGCAGAGGGCAUGCUGACCCUACGAGCCAAGCCCCCCUCUGAAGCAGAGUUCAUUGAUAGCCUGCAGAAACUGAAGCUGGCCUUCAACCUCUUGGCCAAACUGAAGAAACACAUACAGAAUCCGAGCGCAUCUGAGCUGGUUCAUUUCCUCUUUGGUCCUCUGGAGCUGGUGCUGCAGAGCUGCGGGAGUCCUGAACUGGCACGUUCAGUCAUCUCUCCCCACCUUUCCAAAGAUACUGUUGACUUCCUGCGGGGACACCUCAUCCCCAAAGAGAUGACCAUCUUUGAGCUGUUAGGGGACGGAUGGACCAAACCCAGAGCAGAGUGGCCCAGGGAUCAGUGUGCUCCUCCUUAUUACCCAAAGUUUCGUAACGGCUGGGAGCCGCCAGUGGAGCUCUUCAGGACGGCCCCCUGGGAAACAGAAGGGCCCACAGGGCCACUGGGGUCCUUCACCAGCCCCGAUUACAGAAGACAAUCAAUGGAAGAGUUUUAUGGAACUCAUUCCUCAAACUUAUCAGAUGGGUCGUACAACGGGAAGCCCCACACCCGCAAAUAUGCCAAAAUUCGCUACCACUUUGUAGCGCGGAAUGCUAAUGAGCUGUCGGUGCUGCAGGAUGAAAUCCUUGAGGUAAUAGAGGAUGACAAACAGUGGUGGAAACUACGGAACCGCAGCGGCCAGGCCGGCUAUGUCCCAUUUAACAUCCUGGACGUUGUGAAGAUAGAGGAGCCAGAAGGCAUCUACAGCCAGCAAGGCUACAGGACGUCACCUCCUGGUUCUCUGAGCCAGGGAGACAGUUUCAACAAGAGUAGACCGAAAGACAAAAUGAUGGAUGAAGUCAACAAUGAGUUAUUGAUGAUGAUCACUGCUAACAAAAGCCAGCCGCCCGCCAGGAAGUUCCGUGUGGAGCGUUCAUCCGGCAGCCAAGUACCGCUCACCUUUGACUCAAACCCAGAGCAGGUGAUCGAAUGGCUCAUCGCAAAAGGUUUCUCAAAGCCGACAGUUGAAUGUUUGGGGAUCCUGACUGGAGCACAACUAUUUUCCCUCAACAAAGAAGAACUGAAGGCGGUGUGUGGAGAUGAAGGUGGUCGUGUCUACUGUCAAAUCACUGUACAGAAGACACAGCUAGAGAAGACCAAUGGUGACUCAGAGCUGCAGGAGAUCAUGAAGCGGAGGCAGGAGAGGAUCAACUCUGGCGGCAAAGACUGAAUAUGCCAACCAGCAUGACUCAUCCAGACGCUCCUUCUCACUGCAGCAGCUUCUUAAAUCAAUCUACUGUUAAUUAUUACCAGCAGUAGAACGUAAUGAAAAGUUGUAUAAAUUUUAAUUGUAUAUUUAUUUUUACGUAUGUGUACGUAUUCAAGUGUUUUCUUGUCUAAUUAUGUUGCGUUUGUUUUUCAUUGUCUCAGUGGAUUUUGUCGUUGAAGAGAUGUUUGUGUAUGAAAAGAGGAAUACAUGAAAUUAUGCACAGUUUGGUGUGUGUGGGACUGUGUGUACGUGCGCAUGUAUAUGCACAACAUGUAUGUAACGUACAUAUUUGUACAAGCAGUGUAAUUGAUGUUUUAUGGUCAUUGUCGAUAUUGCAGCUGUUUACUAGAAGACCCGGUAAAUUAGUAGAUGUUAGCUAUUGAAUAUCUAAAUCUGUGCCAGAAUGUGUAACACAUCUUCUGAUAUAUAGCCAAUUAUUUUCAAAUGACUGUUUACAGCUAUAGAAUAUUAUAAACCAAUGAAAGUCCUCCUAGCAGAUAUCAGAAAUACAGUACUCAUCCUUGUAAAUAAUUUUGCUGUCUAUAAUCCAAAUUCAGACAUUGUGGCAAGGUUGCAACCCACAGAGAAACUCACAGUAAUCCUGCAUGAAGUCAUUGUCCGUAAUUACAAAAUGCUGUCAUUAAUGUGUUUUUUUGUAGCAUGGUAUUUUGCAGCUUAAACUACAUCGACACAGGGAAAUUAAGUAGUAUAUAGGGGAGAGUAUGUUGCUCUGCUAUGAAUAAUAAAUGGAGAUGUAGACAAAACAUUCAACGGGGUUGUAAAUAUUU